AUGGCCAAGUUCAGCAAAGAUGUCUCGAGCUCCCGCCGCAAGUCGCGGAAGGCCCAUUUCCAAGCGCCUUCUCACGUAAGACGGGUCAUCAUGUCCUCUGGUCUGUCCAAAGAACUGCGGGCUAAGUACAACGUUCGAUCGAUGCCCAUCCGAAAAGAUGACGAAGUAGUUGUUGUCCGAGGAGCUUUCAAAGGUCGCGAGGGUAAAGUACUGUCCGUAUACCGCAAGAAAUACGUGAUUCAUAUCGACAAGGUCACUCGUGACAAGGCCUCUGGCCAAACCGUCCAAGUUGGAGUUCACCCUUCGAAGGUCGUCAUCUCCAAGCUGUACCUCGACAAAGACCGCAAAGCAAUCUUGGCAAGGAAAGACAGGGGAAGCCCAAAGGAGAAAAUGCAGGUCGAUUGA